CAAACAGAAUGCAGCGAUAAUGUGAUACGUGAUAUUUUUCAACGAUGGUAAGAAGAUGUGUGUGGGGUACUUGCAAUUCAGACGAAAGAUAUCCCGAAAGAUUAAUUAGAGUUCGAUUAAUUCCGUUUCCACAGCCUAAAAAGGAUCAAGAAAAGUGUUUAAGAUGGAUAAAAGCAUGUGGUCGUCCUCAUCAUCAACUAAAUGUUAACAAUGUUGACGGAAAUAGAAACAAAGUUGUGUGCAGUAAACACUUCAUUGGGGGAAAAUGGACCCACUCAGUUAUAUCCAGAUCCUAUUCCUGCAUGUGUAGGUACAUGCACUCCAAGUUGACCCUUACCAAAGAAACGGAAAGCAUGCAAGUCUUCAAAACCAACACCAUGGGAAAAAAUCAGAAGCUGGAGGAAAUAUUUUUGGAUAAGGAAAACUCGGAUCCUCAAGAGCUCAAUGAAACUGAAUCCAAUGGAACCUUUGUGCAAAGCACACAGUCAAGUGAAAGAUAUCAUGGAAACAUCCUUCGAGAGGAAGAGACAAAGAAGGUAGAGGAAUUUUAUAAUCCGCCAUUGAAAUCUUUCUGCGCAGCCUUCAGCCUGGCUAAUACCAUUAGAUUUUCUUUGGGGCCAGUGGAGGUUUUAAAGUCCAACAUAGCAGCAAAGCUACGAGCAGGACAAAAGUUUAAGAUUCUUAAAGCAGCUUACUCCAAAGACUUUGGACAUGAGCUUAAAACGGACUCAACAGAAUUCGGUAUCAGGGAGGAGAACUGCUUACUGUUUGCCACAAAAAAUGAAUUAUCCCAUUGCUCGGGUUGGUAUGCUGUGUCAGAAGUGUGCGAGAGGGCGGGCAUGGACAUUGCUCUCACAACUACAAAAUGA